GCCACAUUGCUUCAUGACGCAGCCAUGAACCCAUCUGAAGUGGUGAAGCAGCGUUUGCAGAUGUAUAACUCUCCGUACCGCGGCGUGAUGGACUGUGUGCGUGCCGUGUGGCAGAGAGAGGGUGCCGCAGCCUUUUACCGCUCCUACACCACCCAGCUCACCAUGAACGUGCCUUUCCAGGUGCUCCACUUCAUGACCUACGAGUCCCUCCAGGAGCUCCUCAACCCCCACAGACAGUACAACCUCUCCUCACACAUGGUGUCUGGAGCCCUGGCCGGGGCCAUUGCUGCUGCAGCCACCACCCCUCUGGAUGUCUGCAAGACCCUGCUCAACACCCAGGAGUCCCUGGUGGGGCUCCCCGCUGCAGGCCAGGGUGGAGGUCAGGGGACACACAGACACAUCACAGGCCUGGCCCAUGCCUUCCGGACAGUGUACAGGCUGGGCGGCCUGCCUGGGUUCUUUAAAGGAGUCCAGGCCAGGGUGAUCUAUCAGAUGCCCUCCACAGCCAUCAGCUGGUCUGUCUAUGAGUUCUUCAAGUACGGAAUCACCAAGCACCAGCACGAGAAGAGGAUAGCGCAGCGGAAGGAGGGAGGGAGAGAAGUAGAGAAGGAAAAAUAAAGAAAAUCCUCUUCAUUCAGCCAUCUCUCUUUGCCAUCUCUUCCGUUUUCUCUCUAUCAACCCCCUUCCUUUGCCCUUCGGAGCAAGCAGGUGUUCAGAGCAAGGGAGAAUUGAGAGGAACAGUGGAGAGGAAGAAUCGAUACGCACAUAAACYAACCAAUACCCUCUUUACCCCGUUCAGACAGCCAAUAAGAAAGAGACUUUCAGAUGUGGUUCAACUAAUAACAUCCCUGCUAAACUGUUUGCAACUGAAAAUUUACAAUUUCCUAUGAAAGUGAAUAUGUCAUGUAUUGACACUACUUUAUCAACGCACAUAAAUGCUAACCAGAACAAUUGUUGAUUCUGUUUUGCUAGUCUCCAGUGAGUUUUGUUAAAUAUUUUGCUAAUGAGUUUCCAAUCCCUUUCAUAAGAAUUGUUGUGAUGAAUUUGACAACCGCUGUCCUAACUGUCCGUGUUAAAGGUAGACUCAGCAAUAUAACAUCAUUCUACACACCUGGGCCAAUUCCUGCUGAUAGAAAUUAACAAAAUUCCCUUAUUGAGGUGCAGAUUGAAAGAGCCAUCAGAUUUGGAUUCGGUUUUUGUUGAUAUGUGUAAGCAGGAAGUGUCCCAGCUUUGUAUGAUGUUAUAUUGCGGAGUACCUGUAAAGUUAAUUGUUGCGUUAACUGUAUGUGGAUGAGAAUGUUGUUCACUGUAAACCCCACCAGGGGCCACUGUGCUCCUCUCAAUAAUGCUGGAGUAAUAUGAUGAGGUGUGAGUGACAGUCUGCCUUUAGGGGGCGUUAGUGUUGCUUUGUAAACCCAGGCAAUAGUUUAUAGGCUUCAGGUACAAGUUGGCCUUAACCCCAGAUCUAGAAUCAGUUUGUCGUUUCUCAAUUCUUAUGUUAACUGUUGAGGGUAUGAAAGAAUAUCUAAUCCUAGACCAAUGGUUAGGAGCAACUUCUACCUUUUUGCUUCAGAACUGGUAGAGACACAAAGGGAGUCCUCUCAAGGUUUGAAAUCAGGAAUUGCUCUCAAAAUGGUUGCAUACUAUAUAUGUGAAUUUAAAUGAGACAUUUUUUUUAAUCGGAUCAGAUUUUAUGUAAAAUGCUGAAAUAGACUUAAUUUAUUGCUGCCAGUAUUUUGUAAAGUACGUUAACUCUCAAUAGUUCCUCAGAAUAGAGCUAUUUUUGUAUUGAUUCUGGAACACAAAGAACUAACCUUUAGUUGGCUGACACCACUGUUCUAGAUCCAAAGCGACAUGAUUGGCUUCUAGAAAUAAUUGCCAUUUCAUUGGCCAAUAAACUCCAUCCUGUCUUCUGAUUGGUACUGAUGUAAGGAGAUGUUGUUUUCCCAGUUCUCACGUAUUUUUGUAUUUUUGUUUUGAGUAGCUCAAAUUCUUGGAUGGGAUAACCUACACACACACUUCAAUUUUCUGUCGGUUUAGAGUCACACCCUUGUUUUACCUAGACUGGCUGCCUGACUGUCCCAGUAUUAACAAGUACACAAAGGUUUAGACAGGACAGGUUGGCUAAAGCAGAGACCAACAGGCAUACACAAAGGAUAUGGAUUCCCAUGCAUUAACAGCCAAAUUCAAACUUCAGAACCAUGUUUACAUGAUGGAAUUUCAUGAGAAUCUCCUAUUGGCAUGGUUUACAUAAAAUAUUGAUGUUUACACACAGUCUUCAUGUUUAGGGACGAUUAUGGAAUGUUGGGUAACGAUUAAUUGUCAUGGAAAUAGCCACGGUUGUCAUUUUUGUUGAAAGAAGUUUUGAGCUUGUAAUCUUUAAACGUUGACUAUGACCAUGAAUACAACACACUUCUGCAAAGUUUACACACUUAUGUUUGUAAAUUUAAGGUUCUCCUCCCGACCGUGCCGUGCUGCUCUUAAAAUUAUUACCAACAUUACCCAUUUCUUGUAAAACUGCUAUUGGGUAACCACUGAACACAAACAUAUAAACGUGUGGCCCCAUGUUUCAUGAGCUGAAAUAAAAAAUUCCAGAAAUGUUC